AUGGUAAGGGGCGCCGAGCGGGCGCGGCGCCCGGCGUCGGUGCCGUUACUUGAGUCGGGAGUUGGCGGCGCCGGGGCAGUCAGCGUCCCGGGGCCGUCGCGCCCUGCUCCUUUGUCAGUACUUGCCAGUGAGACAUCUCUCUUGCAGUUUCCUGUGGGCCGCAUCCACAGACACUUGAAGACUCGAACCACAAGCCAUGGACGGGUGGGUGCCACUGCUGCCGUGUACAGUGCUGCAAUUCUGGAGUACCUCACUGCUGAGGUCCUGGAACUGGCAGGAAAUGCUUCCAAGGAUCUCAAAGUAAAGCGUAUCACUCCCCGUCACUUGCAGCUUGCAAUCCGUGGUGACGAAGAGCUGGAUUCUCUUAUCAAGGCUACCAUAGCUGGGGGUGGUGUGAUCCCUCACAUCCACAAAUCUCUAAUUGGAAAGAAGGGACAGCAGAAAACUGCUUAGAGUAUUGUUUAACCCUUUUCCUUCCCAUCACUGUACUGUAACUGGGACAGACGAAAACAAUGGAAAUGUAUGGAAUUUUUUUAAAUAGUUAAAUAGAAAAGCAUAGAAAAUUACUGAAGGCAUGACAGAAAAAACAUUUGUACAUUUUUAGACUCAACGUUUGAUAAAAGAACCUUUUCACAUCAUGAUAGUUGUGUAGAUUGGCCAGCUUUCUUCCAUGUGUUUUAUACCAAAAUGGAAUUGAUAAACGAUUUUCUACAAAA